ACCGUGGCUGCCAAGGGUUUCUCUGACCAUUGUCUCUCCCUCUGGUCUACAGCAUGGGAAAUAUCUUUGCGAACCUCUUCAAGGGCCUUUUUGGCAAAAAAGAAAUGCGCAUUCUCAUGGUGGGCCUGGACCGUGCUGGGAAGACCACCAUCCUGUACAAACUGAAGCUGAAUGAGGUCGUGACCACCACGCCCACGAUAGGUUUCUACGUGGAGACUGUGGAACAUAAGAACAUCAGCUUCGUCUUGUGGGACAUAAACAGCCAGGAAAAGAUGCGGGUUUUUUGGAGCCAAAACUGCCCAGGCAGACAUGGUCUCAUCUUUGUGGUGGACAGCACUGACCAGGAACGCAUGGACGAGGCCAGACAGGAGUUGAUGCGGAUGAUGACAGAGCUCAAGGAUGUUGUCCUGCUAGUGCUUGCAAACAAGCAGGACCUCCCCAAUGCCAUGAGCACAGCUGAGAUCACAGACAAGCUGGGCCUGCACUCUCUGCACCACAGGAACUGGUACCUUCAGGCCACCUCUGCCAUCACUGGGGCUGGGCUCUAUGAGGGACUGGACUGGCUGGCCAAUCAGUUCCAGAACCAGAACUGAGCCACACUCCUCUCUUCCCCCUCACCUCUCCUUCACCCUCGCUUUCCUGUCCAUGUGGCAGGUGUAUCCCUGUGGUGUGAGUGCCAGAAGCUGUCCCCAUGGUUGGUCUCAGAGUGCUUCAUCAUGCUGUGCAUGUGCAGAUUCAGCCUACACCCGGGUUUUUAUCUAAAUAAUUCUUGUUUCUGGUACUCACAUGCAUUAUGCAACGGAGGCAGCCAAUCAGCCAAUCCAUGUUUCUCUUUCUCUCUCCAAAAAUCAAUAAAAACACAUAUUUUUAAAAUUGGA